GUCUCUCACGAACCGUGAGCGCGCCGCGGCGGUGACAGUCGCCAUUUUAUUUUGAAAAUCAAACUGAAUUGGAGGCACGGCAACCCUUCCAUUUCGUCAAGUUUGUUCCGAGAAACAAAAAGAGAUGUGGAUCUGAAUUACUUUAUUGAGAGCACGAUGCUGAACUUGAUUUUAAACUGAAAGACUCUACCUACUUAGCACUGGGAGCCACCCAUCCACCAUUAACUUGGAAGUCAACAUUAUUCACACCUUUUGGGGGGGGGGAGCAGAAGUAACUUAUCACUGAAGUGACUAAAGGGGAAUAAUGGUGAUUUUGCGCCGUGCUCGGCCGCCUGCUUCCGCCCCAACCAGCAAUGAAUCUUGACUCGCUCUCGCUGGCUUUGUCUCAAAUCAGCUAUCUGGUGGACAAUUUAACAAAGAAAAACUACCGAGCCAGCCAGCAAGAAAUACAGCAUAUUGUAAAUCGUCACGGUCCUGAGGCAGACAGGCAUCUACUACGCUGUCUCUUCUCCCAUGUGGAUUUCAGUGGCGAUGGUAAAAGCAGUGGCAAGGACUUUCACCAGACACAGUUUCUGAUCCAGGAGUGUGUGUCGCUGAUAUCAAAACCAAACUUUAUCUCUACUCUGUGCUACGCCAUCGACAAUCCCCUGCACUACCAGAAGAGUUUGAAGCCAUCUGCUCACUUAUUCACUCAACUGAGCAAAGUUCUUAAGCUCAGCAAAGUCCAAGAGGUUAUAUUUGGCCUUGCUCUGCUCAACUCCAGCAACACAGACCUUCGUGGCUUUGCUGCUCAGUUCAUCAAGCAGAAACUUCCAGACCUCCUGCGGUCAUACGUUGACGCAGAUCUUGGAGGAAACCAAGAAGGUGGCUUCCAAGACAUUGCCAUAGAGGUGCUGCACCUACUGCUCUCCCAUCUACUGUUUGGACAGAAGGGAGCCAGUGGGGUAGGGCAAGAGCAGAUUGACGCCUUCCUAAAAACACUUUGCCGAGAUUUCCCCCAGGAGCGCUGUCCUGUGGUGCUCGCACCACUGCUGUACCCUGAAAAACGGGACAUUCUCAUGGACAGGAUCCUGCCUGACUCGGGGGAGUUAGCUAAGACCAGGAUGGAGAGUUCUCUUGCAGAAUUCAUUCAAGAAGUUGGCUAUGGUUUCUGUGCUAGUCUGGACGAGUGCAGAAACAUAAUCGUCCAAUAUGGGGUGAGAGAGGUGACAGCCAGCCAGGUAGCCAGAGUCCUGGGCAUGAUGGCUCGUACCCACUCUGGUCUAACUGACGGCAUCCCACUACAGUCUAUCUCCGCUCCAGGAAGCGGUAUCUGGAGCGAUGGGAAAGAUAAGAACGAUGGUUCGCAGUCACAUACGUGGAACGUUGAGGUACUCAUCGACAUUGUCAAAGAAGUGAAUCCCAAUCUCAACUUCAAAGAGGUGACAUAUGAACUGGACCACCCGGGCUUUAUAAUCCGAGAUAGCAAAGGCCUGCAGAUAGUGGUGUUUGGGAUCCUGAGAGGGCUGGGCAUUGAAAGUUUUCCUGUGGAUCUCAUCUAUCGGCCUUGGAAACAUGCUGAGGGACAGUUGUCAUUCAUUCAACACUCCCUGAUGAACCCGGAAGUGUUUUGCUUUGCCGACUACCCUUGUCACACUGUGGCCAUUGACAUCCUCAAGGCCCCACCAGAGGAUGACAAUAGAGAGAUUGCCACAUGGAAAAGUCUGGAUCUGGUGGAGAGUCUGCUUCGACUGUCUGAGGUGGGCCAGUAUGAGCAGGUGAAGCAGCUGUUCAGCUUCCCGAUCAAACACUGCCCAGAUAUGUUGGUGCUGGCAUUACUGCAGAUUACCACCUCGUGGCACACACUGCGCCACGAGCUCAUCUCCACCCUGAUGCCCAUCUUUUUGGGAAAUCACCCCAACUCUGCCAUUAUCCUGCACUACGCCUGGCAUGGACAGGGACAGUCUCCUUCCAUACGUCAGCUAAUUAUGCAUUCGAUGGCUGAAUGGUACAUGAGAGGGGAGCAGUAUGACCAAGCAAAGUUAUCUCGCAUCCUGGAUGUGGCCCAAGACUUAAAGUCUCUAUCAAUGCUGCUGAAUGGUACUCCGUUUGCCUUUGUUAUUGAUCUCGCUGCACUUGCCUCGCGUCGUGAAUACCUCAAACUUGAUAAAUGGCUUACUGACAAAAUUAGAGAGCACGGGGAACCUUUCAUCCAAGCUUGUGUGACGUUCUUGAAGAGGCGCUGUCCAUCCAUUAUGGGGGGUUUGGCUCCUGACAAGGACCAGCCCAAAAGUGCCCAGUUACCUCCAGAGACUUUAGCCACCAUGCUAGCCUGCUUGCAGUCAUGUGCUGGCAGUGUAUCCCAGGAGUUGUCGGAGACUAUCCUGACGAUGGUGGCUAAUUGCAGCAAUGUAAUGAAUAAAGCCCGACAGCCACCACCAGGUGUAAUGCCAAAGGGACGUGCCCCGAGCACCAGCACCCUAGAUGCCAUCUCACCUGUACAGAUGGACCCUCUGAGUGGCAUUGGCGGUUUGAAUUUGGGGCCCACAGCUACUUCCCACAAUCCAAGCAUAAGUUUCCCAACCCCAGUGAAUACACCUUUCAAUAAUCCCCAGUCUCCAGCAAAAGCCUUUCCACCACUUCCCAAUCCUAAUCCCAGCACACCUUUUGGGAGCAUUUCCGGCCUCCCUUCACAGCUCCCUGGUGCACUUGGCACGGGCAUCGGUCCUGGUCUAGGGAUGCCAGCAGGAAGCACUGAUCCUUUUGGUCCCAGGAAGAUGAGCACACCGGGCCUGAACCCACCAACCUUUCAGCAGAGUAAGAUGAAGGCCUCCGACCUUUCUCAGGUGUGGCCCGAAGCAAACCAGCACUUUAGUAAGGAAAUAGAUGACGAAGCAAACAGUUACUUCCAGCGCAUUUACAACCAUCCACCUCACCCAACCAUGUCUGUGGAUGAAGUCUUGGAAAUGCUGCAGAGGUUUAAGGAUUCAACCAUCAAGCGGGAGCGAGAGGUGUUCAACUGCAUGCUUCGAAACCUGUUUGAGGAAUACAGAUUCUUCCCCCAGUACCCGGACAAGGAGCUGCAUAUCACUGCCUGUCUUUUUGGUGGAAUAAUCGAGAAGGGUCUUGUCACGUACAUGGCCCUUGGUUUGGCCCUCCGAUAUGUUCUUGAAGCCUUAAGAAAACCGUACGGAUCCAAAAUGUAUUACUUUGGAAUUGCUGCCCUAGAUCGGUUCAAAAACAGACUAAAGGACUACCCUCAGUACUGUCAGCACCUGGCUUCAAUUGGUCAUUUCUUGCAAUUCCCCCACCAUUUACAAGAGUAUAUUGAGUAUGGACAACAGUCACGGGACCCUCCAGUGAAGAUGCAGGGGUCCAUCACCACACCUGGGAGCCUGGCUCUGGUGCAAGCCCAGGCACAGUCACAGCAACCUGCCGGCCUUAAAGCCCCACAGCCAGGCCAGCCCAGCACCCUCGUCACAACCACCACCACGACAACCACGGCCUCCAAGACGUCCACGAUCGCAAGACCGACACCCAGCAACUUCAAGAAGGAUGUGCCUCCCUCCAUAAACACUACCAACAUUGACACCCUGCUGGUGGCUACUGACCAAACGGAAAGGAUUGUAGAACCUCCGGAGAAUGUCCAGGAGAAGAUUGCUUUUAUUUUCAACAACCUUUCUCAGUCCAACAUGACUCAGAAGGUCGAGGAGUUGAAAGAGACGGUGAAAGAGGAGUUUAUGCCCUGGGUGUCUCAGUACCUGGUGAUGAAGCGAGUCAGCAUCGAGCCCAACUUUCACAGCCUCUACUCAAACUUUUUGGACACACUCAAAAACCCUGAGUUUGUGAAGAUGGUUCUUAAUGAAACCUACAGGAACAUCAAGGUGCUUCUGACCUCAGACAAGGCAGCUGCCAACUUCUCUGAUCGCUCCCUGCUGAAGAACCUUGGCCACUGGUUAGGCAUGAUUACACUGGCCAAAAACAAGCCUAUCCUUUACACAGAUCUAGAAGUAAAGUCUUUGCUACUGGAAGCUUAUGUGAAAGGCCAGCAGGAGCUGCUCUAUGUGGUUCCCUUUGUGGCCAAAGUUUUGGAAUCCAGCGUGCGAAGCAUGGUUUUCAGACCCCAGAAUCCUUGGACAAUGGCCAUCAUGAAUGUUCUCGCUGAGCUGCAUCAGGAACAUGACCUCAAGUUGAAUUUGAAGUUUGAGAUUGAAGUUCUGUGUAAGAACUUAUCUUUGGACAUCAACGAGCUGAAGCCAGGAAACCUGCUGAAGGACAAGGAGAAGCUAAAGAACCUCGAGGAGCAGCUAUCGGCACCAAAGAAGGAGGCAAAACCUCCAGAGGAGAUGCUGCCAGUCUCUACUGCAGCUCCUCCCUCCACCCCAGCUGCAACCACCACCACUUGUGCAACGACCGGGCCCCACCCGCAGUUUAGUUACCAUGACAUCAAUGUGUAUGCACUGGCAGGCCUGGCUCCCCACAUCAAUAUAAAUGUCAACAUCCCUCUGCUGCAGGCUCAUCCUCAGCUAAAGCAAUGUGUGCGUCAAUCAGUGGAGCGUGCCGUCCAGGAGCUGGUGCACCCUGUGGUCGAUCGCUCUAUCAAAAUCGCAAUGACAACCUGUGAGCAGAUCAUCAGGAAGGACUUUGCUCUGGAUUCUGAAGAGUCCCGCAUGCGUGUGGCUGCGCACCAUAUGAUGAGAAACCUGACUGCUGGCAUGGCCAUGAUCACCUGCCGUGAGCCUCUGCUCAUGAGCAUUGCCACCAACCUAAAGAAUAGCUUUGCUGCAGCUCUGAGGGCACCAACACCCCAACAGAGGGACAUGAUGGAAGAGGCUGCAGCCAGAAUUGCUCAAGACAACUGUGAACUGGCUUGCUGUUUCAUUCAGAAAACAGCAGUGGAGAAGGCUGGCCCUGAAAUGGACAAGAGACUAGCCACGGAGUUUGAGCUGAGGAAGCAUGCACGCCAGGAGGGACGUCGCUAUUGUGAUCCCGUUGUUCUGACUUACCAGGCUGAACGUAUGCCAGAGCAGAUCAGGCUAAAGGUGGGAGGAGUGGACCCUAAGCAGCUGGCUGUGUAUGAGGAGUUUGCUAGAAAUGUUCCAGGUUUCUUACCAAGUAAUGACCUUUCCCAACCGACUGGCUUCUUGGCUCAGCCCAUGAAGCAACAGGCAUGGGCGACGGAUGAUGUUGCUCAGAUCUAUGAUAAGUGCAUAGCAGACCUGGAGCAGCAUCUUCAUGCCAUCCCUCCAGCGCUUGCCAUGAACCCUCUUACCCAGGCCCUGCGGAGCUUGCUGGAAGCUGUGGCUCUGGCUAGAAACUCCAGGGAUGGCAUUGCAGCGCUUGGCUUGCUGCAGAAGGCUGUUGAAGGUCUUCUGGAUGCUACGAGCGGCGCCGAUGCCGACUUGCUGCUUCGCUAUAGGGAGUGCCACCUGUUGGUGCUUAAAGCCCUCCAGGAUGGACGUGCCUAUGGCCCACAGUGGUGCAAUAAGCAGAUCACCAGGUGUCUGAUUGAAUGCCGUGACGAAUACAAGUACAACGUCGAGGCGGUGGAGCUUUUGAUCAGGAACCAUCUUGUAAAUAUGCAGCAGUAUGACCUGCACCUAGCACAGUCAAUGGAAAAUGGACUGCACUACAUGGCGGUUGCAUUUGCCAUGCAGUUGGUGAAGCUGCUGCUGGUGGAUGAACGCAGUGUGAGCCACGUCACAGAAGCUGACCUCUUCCACACAAUUGAGACUUUAAUGAGGACCUGUGCACACUCCAGAGCUAAUGCACCUGAGGGGCUUCCCCAGCUGAUGGAUGUGGUUCGCUCCAACUAUGAAGCCAUGAUUGACCGGGCCCACGGUGGACCCAACUUCAUGAUGCACUCUGGGAUUUCACAGGCGUCAGAAUAUGAUGAUCCUCCAGGCUUGAGGGAGAAGGCAGAGUACCUCCUGAGGGAAUGGGUCAACCUGUAUCACUCAGCUGCUGCUGGCAGGGAUAGCACCAAAGCUUUCUCUGCCUUUGUUGGCCAGAUGCACCAGCAGGGAAUUCUGAAGACGGAUGACCUGAUCACUCGCUUCUUCCGGCUGUGCACAGAAAUGUGUGUGGAGAUUAGCUAUCGGGCACAAGCUGAACAGCAGCACAACCCAGCAGCCAGUGCAGCCAUCAUCAGAGCUAAAUGUUACCACAACCUGGAUGCCUUUGUGAGGCUCAUAGCCCUGCUGGUGAAACACUCUGGAGAGGCCACCAACACAGUGACAAAAAUCAACCUCCUCAACAAGGUGCUCGGCAUUGUAGUUGGCGUGUUGAUCCAGGACCACGAUGUUCGUCAGACUGAAUUCCAGCAGCUGCCGUAUCACCGCAUUUUCAUCAUGCUGCUGUUGGAGCUCAACGCCCCUGAACAUGUCCUGGAAACCAUCAACUUCCAGACACUCACUGCCUUCUGCAAUACCUUCCACAUCCUGAGACCCACCAAAGCACCUGGUUUUGUGUACGCCUGGCUGGAACUGAUUUCUCAUCGCAUCUUCAUUGCCAGGAUGCUUGCACACACCCCACAGCAGAAGGGUUGGCCCAUGUACGCACAACUGUUGAUUGAUCUUUUCAAGUACCUGGCCCCUUUCCUGAGGAACGUAGAGCUCAACAAACCUAUGCAAAUCCUCUACAAGGGCACGCUGCGAGUGCUCCUGGUUCUGCUUCACGACUUCCCAGAGUUUCUGUGCGAUUACCAUUAUGGCUUCUGUGACGUCAUCCCACCCAACUGCAUCCAGCUCCGCAACCUCAUCCUCAGUGCCUUUCCACGCAAUAUGAGGCUUCCUGACCCUUUCACACCCAAUCUGAAGGUGGACAUGCUGAGCGAGAUCAACAUCGCUCCACGGAUCCUCACAAACUUCACAGGCGUGAUGCCUUCACAGUUCAAAAAGGAUCUGGACUCAUAUCUGAAGACGCGCUCACCCGUGACGUUCCUGUCUGAGCUCCGUAGUAACCUGCAGGUGUCUAAUGAACCAGGAAACCGCUACAACAUCCAGCUGAUCAAUGCUCUAGUGUUGUAUGUGGGGACACAGGCAAUUGCUCACAUUCACAAUAAGGGCAGCACCCCCUCCAUGAGCACCAUCACCCACUCUGCUCACAUGGACAUCUUCCAGAAUCUGGCUGUGGACCUGGACACUGAGGGGCGUUACCUGUUCUUGAAUGCGAUCGCCAAUCAGCUGCGUUACCCCAACAGUCACACUCACUACUUCAGCUGCACGAUGCUCUAUCUGUUUGCCGAGGCCAACACUGAGGCCAUCCAGGAGCAGAUCACCAGGGUUCUGUUGGAGAGGCUGAUAGUGAACAGGCCUCACCCGUGGGGUCUCCUCAUCACCUUCAUCGAGCUGAUCAAGAAUCCUGCCUUUAAGUUCUGGAGCCACGACUUUGUGCACUGUGCCCCUGAGAUUGAAAAGCUGUUUCAGUCUGUCGCCCAGUGCUGCAUGGGACAGAAGCAGGCCCAGCAGGUGAUGGAGGGCACCGGUGCCAGCUAGCCUGUGUACCAGCCAGCUCGUAGCCCUCGGGAGAGAUGCUGUGGCCUUGAUCCACCCCCCUCACCACCCCACACAUACACACCUCCCUCUUUACUGUUGGCACUGGAUAAACUGGCAACCACAGUCAUCUGGAAUGUGGAUGAAAGGACUACUGCUCAUGGAUCUAGUUAGGUUUUUUUUUUUUUUUUUUUUUCCCCUCCCCCUUUUUUGUCGUAUCCCUUUGGAGUUGAGAUGGCGAGAAUGGAUCGGGACAUGCUGUUUAAUAUACUUUUUUUUGAUGCUUUGAUGUAAAUAUUGGGGGGAAAAAAGGGGAGAAUAUGGGAGUAGACAAGUGGAAAGCAAUGCGCACAUGUCAAAUAAAAUGUACCUUGACAUGUAAAGACAUGUAAACAUAUUUUCACUCACUACCAAAGUCCUUGGUUUGCUUCCCUCCCACACAUCCUUUUUUUUUUUUUUUUUUUUUUUUUUUUUUUUUCUGGCUUUUUUGUUGUUUUUCUUCAGCGGCUGAACGGUAGAGUGACGAGAAAAGCUGCCUACUUUCAUUUGAUUCCUUUUAUCUCCAAGUGGGACAGAAAGAUCUAGUUCUCCCAGGUGGGGUGGGGGUCUACUCCUGGUGUGUUGGUGGAGAACGUUUGCUGAUGGUUUGUCCAUUUGAAACUGGCUCUGGAAGUCUCUCCCUGGCACGUGUAAAAUUAUGCAGUGAUGGAAACCUUGUAUCUUGACAAAUUUGUAUAAAGAUCCAAAUUGAAGAACAACAAUAGAAGGACCAAUACAGCCCAUUUUGUAACAUUUUGAAUGUUUUGUAAAUGUAUUGGUCCAUGUGUUGUAUUUUGUAGUCCUUUCUAGUUUGCCUUUAGUUCUUGCUACUUAACAGCAGUAUGCAUACAUACAGUAAAUAAAGCAUUCAAACUGCUA